AUGCCCGGGUUACCGCCCACUUUUAAGUCUCUCUUCAGAAACGCGUCUAAUCCACCCGCUAAAGUUGAGCUUCUCUGUGGUUGGAUAAAGUCCGUUCGUCUCUUGAAGAAACUAGCCUUCAUUGACUUACAGGAUGGCACAACGCCUAAUCCAUUGAAGCUAGUAGUCCGCCGUUCAGAGGAUGGCUCGGACAUGUUAAAGCAACUGCGCACGGGGCAAUCUCUUAUGGUCAAGGACGCGCUGUGGAAAGCCACCCCUUCACGGCUUCAGCCAUUUGAGCUCGAAACAGACGCGUCCCCCGAGUGCCUUCAGGUCUUGGGACAGGUGCCCGCCUCAUACCCUCUUCAAAAGAAGCAUCACUCGCUCGCGUUUCUUAGAUCUAACCCUACGUUAAAACACCGGUCGAACUACCUGGGCUCGCUCUUGAGAUUCCGGUCGUGUGUUGAGUCGUCACUGACGCAGUUCUUCGACUCCCAAGACUUUACAAAGGUUAGCCCACCGGUACUGACCUCAGGCGACUGUGAAGGCGCUGGCGAACUCUUCCGCGCAGAGUCCAAUGCGCAUAUUGCUCGCAAAACUUCUUACUUCGGCAGACCGACGUAUUUAACAGUCUCUACGCAACUGCAUCUCGAAGUGCUCGCGAUGGCGCUCAACCGUGUCUGGACGCUAACUCCAUGCUUUCGCGCAGAAGAAAGCGACACCAACCGCCAUCUCGCAGAGUUUUGGAUGCUAGAGACCGAGUUGUGCUACGUGCAGAAUGUCAAAGGGCUCACGAAAGUCGCAGAACAUAUGCUCAAGCACGUUGUUGAAAGUUGCCUGGCACAAAAGCUCAGUUUACUUCCAUCUGUCGUUCCCCAGGAAAACGCUGAGUCCCCUGAAAGUAUUGUUGCGCGGUGGGAGUCUUUGCUGCACUCCGAAUGGCCCAGAGUUACCUACACUUCCGCCAUCGAACUUCUGAAAAGACAACACUCCGUUAGUCAGUUUAGUUUCGAACCACAGUGGGGAAAAGAUCUUCAAAGCGAGCACGAGAAAUGGCUUGCGGCUCAUUACAAUUCUCCUGUCUUUAUCACCGACUACCCUCGCAACUGCAAACCCUUCUACAUGAAGCAAAAUUUUGACGCCGCUGAUACCGUCGCUUGUUUUGAUCUCAUCGUUCCCCAGAUGGGCGAAAUCAUAGGAGGCAGCAUCAGGGAAGACAACUACGAUACCUUGAUCCAAGAAAUGGAUCGCAGAGGUAUGAAAUCGGAGGAUCUCGACUGGUACACUUCACUCCGUCUUAAUGGAGGUGCGCCUCAUGGAGGGUUUGGCUUAGGCCUUGAAAGGUUUGUAUCGUGGCUUUUUGGCGCUCAAAAUAUCAGGGACGCUAUACCUUUUUACCGAAGCGCAGGCGGAACUAUUAAUAUGUGA